UCAAUAUAAUAAAGUUAAUACAAGCUUAUGAUGAAAUGACAACCAUACAACCAAAUGAUGAACAAUAUUCAGUUGAAUUAUUAAAUGAUUCAAUACGAAUAAAUUCAAAUGUUUAUCAUAAAUGGACACGUCCAUUUUGGAAUACUGGAAAUUCGGUUAAUAUAUCAGUAAAUAUGAAAAUGGAUCCAAUUGCUAAUUAUAAAGAUAUUGAAUCAGUAUUGGAAAUACAAACAUUAUAUGAAUUUCAUUGGUUAGAUAUACGAUUAAAAUUUUCUUGUGAAAAAGCACAGGAAAUUGUUGGUACACAUUAUCUAGCUGAUAUAUGGAAACCAAAUCUUCGUGUAUCAAGAAUCGAUGAUAUCGAUGUAUUUGGUUCAUCGUCAUUGUCCAAGUUAACAUUUUUACGUAUUGGAUGUGAUGGUCAAGUACUCAUAAGAUAUAGUGAAGAAUUAACCAAACAGAUUACCGAAUUUGAUAGUCAAGUAAAAUUGGUUAGCUUUUUGGCCAAUAAUGAUCCAUCUGCCGAACAAUAUGCUGAAGUGACUAAAAAAAGUUGUGCACGAUCCGGUAUUGUGUUUGAAUUACGUAAAAUUGGUCGAGAAGAAUUAGAGGAUGCUGUUAUUGCAGCAAAUAAUGAUGAUACAAUUCAUGGUAUACUUGUCUAUUAUCCAGUAUUUGGUGGUGGACAUGAUCAAUAUAUACAGAAUUGUGUUAAUCCAUAUAAAGAUGUUGAAGGAUUAUGUCAUCUAUAUCGAUUCAAUAUGUAUCGUAAUAUUCGUCACAUUCAAGGACGUAGAGAUUUAAAAUCAAUUAUUCCUUGUACACCAUUAGCCGUUAUUAAAGUUUUAGAACAUUGCAAUGUAUAUGAUAAUGAUGUACCAUAUGGUAAUCAACUUCGUGGAAAAACGAUAACCAUUAUCAAUAGAAGUGAAGUUGUUGGACGACCUUUGGCCGCAUUAUUAGCAAAUGAUGGUGCCAAAGUUUUUUCUGUUGAUAUUAAUGAUAUACUUUUAUUCUAUCGUGGUCCAGAUCUUGAAUUAUCUAAAUAUAAAGUUCAAGAUACGGAUAAAAAAUUGGAAGAUGUUUUGCCCAUAUCUGAUAUUAUAAUUACGGGUGUACCAAGCUCUAAUUAUCGUGUUCCUAUUGAUUUGCUCAAAGACGGUGUAAUAGCUGUUAAUUUUGCAUGUGCUAAAAAUUUUGACGAUGAAAUUAAAACAAAAGCAUCAAUUUUCGUACCAACAAUCGGAAAGGUGACAACCACAAUGUUACAACGGAACUUGCUUCGAUUAUAUAAAUAUGGAACAUAUGAUCGCAACAAAGUUGUUAUGAAUAUACCGAAACGGAAUUUUCGAUUUCGACAAAAUGUUCGCUUGUUAGAAAAGGAAUUAAAUUUUGCCGGACAUGCUGGAAUUCAGAAUAUUAUUUUAGAAUGUCCAGAUGAUCAUGAAUCUAUCGAAAAUAUGGCCAUGAUUAUCCAUAGAAAAUUGAAUCCACAAUCAGAAACGAAUGAUCAUCAUAAUUUAGCUAUAGCAAUCAAAUUGUCAAUGGCAAAUAACAAAAAUCAAGCACAAGAAUUACGAAAAGAUCCCCAAGACAUUGAUGUUGAUUAUGAAUGGAAAAAAUGGAACCAUCUAAGAAAAAUAAUGCAAUUCCAUCCAAACAUAUCGAUCGCAUUAGAAGUGAAUGGCGAAUUGUCUGAUUCCGAUAGAUUGAAUAGAUGGCUUGGUGAACCUAUUAAAUUCAUCAUAUUGCCUACAUCUGUAUUCAUAACGAAUUCAUCGAAAUUUCCGGUUUUAAGCAAAGUUAUGCAAUCAUUCAUGGGACAAGUGAAUUUUAAAAUGGCUGGGAAUUUUUCCAUCAUUAUCAAAGGGAAUAAUCUACAUGGUCACAUCAAACAUUAUUGUCAAUAUAUUGCACACUUGCAAAAGACUGAAUUGUUUUCAGAUAGGUUGCAAAAAUUUUGCCAAUAUUACGAAGAUUUAUUACAAUAUCCUUUGCAGCCACUGAAAGAUGAUCUAGAUUCAUCUGUUUAUGAAGUAUUUGAAACCGAUCUUAUCAAAUAUCAACAAUAUGAAAAGGCUAUUCGCAAAGCUUUGGCAGACAUUCAAAAAGAUGUCAUAAUUGCAAUGGUUGUUGGUGCUGGUCGUGGUCCUCUAGUAGAUAAAGCACUUAAAGCAGCCCAUGCAGUGGGUAAAUUCAUACGAAUCUAUGCUGUUGAAAAAAAUACAAAUGCCGUGAUUACAUUAGAAAUGCUAAGAGAGUUGAAAUGGGGUGGCUAUUUAGGAUUACCUCAUGGUUAUGUUGAAAUUGUUAGUUGUGAUAUGCGUUGUUGGUCGGCACCAGAACGAGCUGAUAUUAUUAUUUCCGAAUUACUUGGAUCUUUUGGUGACAAUGAAUUGAGUCCCGAAUGUUUAGAUGGUGUAUGGAAUUAUGUUAAUCAAGAUGCGAUUUGUAUACCUCAAUCUUAUAGUUCAUAUUUAUGUCCAGUUCAAUCACAACGAUUAUAUGCACAGCUAUCGUUGGAUAAACGAUCCAAUAUUAAUGCUUAUGAAUAUGCUUAUGUUGUUCAUAUUCGAAACGCAUAUUUUAUCGAUAAACCAAAAAAAGUGUUUACAUUUGAACAUCGUCGUGGUGAUCUUCAUAGACCGCCAUCAACACGUGAUAAUAAUCGAAAAAAACGUCUAACAUUUCGUUCAAAAAUACCAGCCAUUUGUCAUGGUUUUGUAGGUUAUUUUGAUUGCUGUCUAUAUGGUGAUAUUCGUUUAUCAAUAGUGCCAUCAACACAAAAUUCGGACAUGUAUAGUUGGUUUCCGAUCUAUUUUCCUGUACAGACACCAUUUGAUAUCAAUGAUGGCCAUGAUGAUAAUGAUCAAAUUGAAAUUCAAAUUACACGAAAUGUGAAUGACUUGCAUGUUUGGUAUGAAUGGACAAUUUCGCGUCCAAUACAAUCACGUAUACAUAACCUGAAUGGAAAACAUUAUUCUAUUAGUUUACAUUGAAGAAAAAAAACAUUCAUGUCAAUCAUGUUCAAAUAACAGACAGAUCUAGUUCAAACAUUUGAAUA